AGAUUGAAGGAAAACAACAAAUCUCUUUGACUUUAAACCUUAAGUUUGGCCUAGUGGAAAACCCGCCAACUUGGGUUAUUUCUUACAUAUCCAAACAAACCAACCCCAACGCGCUCUCUCUCUCUCUGAUUUCUCGAAGAAAAAUAUUGUUUUGGAGAGAUCCUUGUCUUGAAGUUUCCAAAUCUAGAAGAUGCAUGAUAACUAACAAGGAACAAUUCAAUAACGUUGUCACCCAAACAGAACCUAUGCAUUAGCUGGUUAUUUCCUAGUCCCUGGAGAUUUCUAUGAAAUUAAGAACCCUUCCUUGACUGUAUCUAAGCCAUUUCUGCUUCGAAACAUAGCAAACUGAACGAGCAAACAUACAAAUCAAUCUAAAGUCUAUCAAGUCCCUCCAACAACAGCCCUGAAAGAUCACAUACUCAUCUGAGAACGGAAUCUUAAGAGUUGGAAAGAUGCAACAAGAUAAGGGGCAAGUUGAAGGGGAGCUGAGGAAUUUAAAGCAGAGGCUGGAUGUAGCAGAAAGGGAAAGAGAUAGAGCACGUGAUGAGCUUAAAGAGAUGAAGAAGGUUGCCGAUGAGUCAAAUUCCAGGUUAAAAGAAGCAAUGUCUAAUGGGAAGGUUGCUGAUAUUUUUGUGGAACUCAAUUCAGUAGUGGAAUCAUUGUCAAAAUCAAAUCAAGAGUUGAAGAUCAAAGAAAUGGCUAUCACAUCCUUGAAAGCUGAAGUUGGAAAGCUACGAGAGGCGGAGGCCAAAUUGCUAGAGAAAGAUAGCUCUUUGGAAAAACUGAACAAAGAAUUAAGUAAUGUUAAAUCAACCGAGGCACGUACAUUGGAUUUAUUAUCCCAUAGCAAGAAAAGAAUUCAAGAACUUGAGGCUGAGGUACAGAAAGGGAACGAAGCAGAAACGAAGUUCCUAGAUUCAUUUGCCGCCCAAACGAAGCAGCUUGAGCAGACCAAGAUACUGCUUGAAGAAUCGAAGCUUGAGAUUACUUCCCUUCGCAAGCAGGUAGAGGAGUUGGGGAAACAUGAUGGAGAUAAAGUUUCAUUGCAAAAAGAAUUAGAGAGUCUCAAGUCUGAACUUCACCUGGAAAGACAGAACCGGACUCAUGAUCAGGAGGGCGAAAAACAUUCGGCAUCGAAGACCAAGAGUCUACUCGAGGAGAUGGAAUUGCUUAAACGUGAACUGAAGCUAGCAAAUGAAGCAGAAGAGAACAGCAAGAAGGCAAUGGAUGGCUUGGCAAUGGCGCUAACAGAAGUUGCCACAGAAUCCACUCAAACAAGGGAGAAGCUCAAGUUAACCCAGGAAGAGCUGGAGCGCUUCAAAAAGGAGGCAGAAAUCUUGCAGGAGAACAUAAAUAGCUUUGAGGACAAGUAUAGAACUCUUUUGAAUGAAGAAAGGAAAGAAGCGGAUCGAUAUAGAAAAACAGCAGAGAGGUUGCAAAUAGAGGCUGACGAGUCGCUUCUGGCAUGGAAUGCGAAAGAGACAGGUUUUGUCGAUUGUAUCAAAAGAGCUGAAGAGGAAAAGUCAUACGCAUGUGAAGAGAACAAUAAACUUCUUGAAUUGCUUAGAACAGCCGAGAACAUGAACGAGAUAGCUAAACAAGAGAAUCAGAAGGUGCGCGAUAUACUUAAACAGGCCCUGAAUGAAGCUAAUGUUGCAAAAGAAGCUGCCGGGAUUGCCAGGGAUGAAAAUUCCCAACUCAAAGACGUCUUAGCUGAAAAAGACAAUGCUUUGGUUUUCAUUACUCAAGAGAACGAAAACCUUAGGAUCAAUGAAGCUGCAACUCUCGAGCAAAUUAAAGAGUUGAAGCAGUUUCUCUCUGAAGCAUCGGAAAGGGAGCUUAAAGUAGAAGAUAAGGAAAACCAACUCAAGGAAAAGCCACAGAAUGCAGAGGAGAAACAGGACAAAGACGGCAAGAAACUGGGCCGUACAUGGAGUUUCAGUCUUAAAGAGCUAAUAAUUCCAAACAAACACAGGGAUGUAGAUGAGAACAACAAAACUACAGAUAAACAAAAAAACAAUGAUGAGGACGAGGACUCUGAAAAUCCUGAUCUACUUAGGGGAUCAAUAUUUGAUAAGCAAGCAGAAUCACCAACCGCAGCAGUGCCUCGCAUGAAAAAAUUAACAAAUGUUGGAGAAGAAACAAAACCGGGUAAUUAUGACCAUAUAGACGGGGCUCAUACCAAUGACCCAGAGAGUGAAAGAAACUCUACGAGAAAAAGAGCAUAUAUACGAAGAUUUGGUGAUAUUCUACUGAGGAGAGGAGGAUCACACAGAAGGGGACAAUCAGUUGGUGGUGAAUAACCAUUUGUACUUGUUGUCUACAUGCAUUUAAUUUUGUUUCAGUGGUAUACAUAGUUUAUCUUUUUUCACAA